AUGUCUUGGAAUAUAUUUGUAUUUUUUCUUGCCAUCAUUAUUCUAUUUCUACCAUCGAUAUUCGAUUCAACAUUAGCUGUUCAGUUGUUGAACACAUCGUCGGGUAUCUACAUAGGUCAAACAGUUAAAUAUGAGAACGUUAUUGUCCAGCGAUAUCUUGGAAUUCAAUAUGGUAAUGUAAAUAAAAGAUUUGAUCGAGCAACACUGAUCGAACGAGAAAAUGAUCAAAUUAUGAAUGCAACUAAAUUUGGACCUUCGUGCAAACCAACAGAAGGCUCAUGUGAAACUACUUCAGUACUCAAUCAGUCUACAUCUCAAUGUUCAAUUAGUUAUGGUAUAUUUUCUGUUAAAUCAUCGUUUAUUGAACAAUGUCUUUUCUUAAAUGUUUAUAUGCCGGUGACUCCAAAUAAUGAAAGAAAAGGAAAAGCUAUAUUUAUAUGGAUUCAUGGUGGCUCGGGUCAAAUAGGUACAGGUAAUAUAUUUGAUGGAACCAUAUUUGCUGCUGUAGGCGACAUUAUUGUGAUAACAUUUAAUUUUCGUCUAAAUCUUUUUGGCUUUUUAUCAUCGGGUGAUCAACGUUUAGAAGGUAACCUUGGUCUUUAUGAUCAAGCAUUAGUACUUGAUUGGAUCUAUAAAAAUGGUAAUGCAUUAGGUGGUGAUAUUAAACGUAUUACAGUUGGUGGUCAUUCAGCUGGUGCUCCACAUUCUUACUAUUUAGCCAAAUCACCACUCAAUAAAGGACGCAUUCGUCGAUUAAUAUUACAGAGUGGUAGCCCGUUUAAUAUAUGGUCACAUUUAAAAGCACGAGAAGCAAUGGAAAAAUUUGAUAUCGUUGCCCAUGAUAAUGGAUGUGCAAGUACGAUGACAUUUGAUGAAAAAUUAAAAUGUUUACAAGACCGAGAUUUUGAUUUAAUUGCUGAACAUGAACAUCAUUCAUAUAUGAGUGCUAAUCAUACAAAUGUUGUUGUAACCGGAAAUUUUAUGGGCGAAUUUCGAGAAGUAUUCGAACUCAAUGAUACACUAGCAAAUAUUGAUAUACUUAUGGGAUCAACAGAUGACGAAGGUGUUUAUGUUGCAGUAGUGCCUAUUCUUAUGGAACAGCAUAAUCAAGAAAUUGUCGCAGUUAGUCACGUAAAUUUUACUGCAGUAGCUUUAAAAUUUCUUGCAGCAAUGCAACCAGACAAAGCUUGUUUACAUCAUCAAGCUUUAGAGUUAUAUCAUAUAAAUAAUAUUCCGAUUAAUUGUUCUCAAUCAUCUGAUUGUUAUUGUUCAGUAUUUUAUAAUUAUUCUCGUCUUAUAAGUGAUAUUCUAUUUAAUAAUGAUUAUUAUCGUUUUAUGGAAGAACGUAUUAAACAUUCAAAUCGUACAUAUAUCUAUCAAUAUUCACAUCGAACAGCACAAGAACAUCCAUCAACAUGUAAUGAAUAUUUACAUGAACAUAAUUUAGUUGGUCAUUUUGCUGAACUUGAAUAUACAUGGGGUACACCAUUACUAUUUGAUUUGAAUAAUUUUAAUCAUAAUAUAACACCAUUAAUAAAAUAUGUUCGAUAUACGUCUAAUUCAGUUGUCGAUACUAGCAUAUCAACGUUUUAUAGCGAUGAACAGAUUCAAUUUAGCAAACAAUUAAUAGAACAAUGGUCAAAUUUUAUUAAAUAUGGUCAACCAAAAAGUUCUAUAGUUAAAGACGAGUGGCGUUCUGUUAGUAACAUGUCUACAGCAUCUAUCAUGCAUUUAAAAGUGAAUGAAAGUAAAAUACAAAACUUAAGUAUUCCAUCAGGUAUACAAUUUUGGAGAAAUCAAUGUUCAUUAAAAUCGGAAAAUUCCACCAAAAUUAUUCAAAAGAAUAGUGUGUCAUCAAUUCAUAAAAUAUCGUUGAUCAUAUUUAUUUCUUCUCUAUUAUCUCAUGCAGUAGCAAAUUUAAUCGAUGGAUCCAAUUGA